AUGCCUCGAGUCUACCCACCACUCGAAGGUCGCCAACCCACCGUCGUCCUCUCACCCUCCCUAGUCGAGUCCGCUGCAGGCUUCACCGCCGGCGUUGUCAGCACCCUCGUCGUCCACCCUUUCGAUGUAAUCAAGACACGCCUCCAAAUUAACUCCCAGAAUGCAACCCGCCCCGGCUCCACACUCCGCAUGAUCCGGCAGAUCGCGAAUGAAGCCCUCCAUGGACCGUCGGAGGAUAUGGUGAGGGUAAGAGCUAGCUUCGCGAAAGAGUCACAGGCUGUUGUGAGGAGUUUCUAUCGGGGCUUGAUGCCGAAUAUGAUUGGGAAUAGUGUCAGUUGGGCGCUGUAUUUUAUGUGGUAUGGGAACAUCAAAGAUCUGGUGAGGGCGGCACGGCAAGCGAGCAGUGGCGGGGAGCGAGUACAUGCGUUGAAGAGCUCGGAUUAUUUUCUGGCCAGCGGUAUUUCUGGUGUUCUCACGGCGGUCGCCACGAAUCCGAUCUGGGUUAUCAAGACGAGAAUGUUGAGUACGGCGAAGGAUGCGGAGGGGGCGUAUAAGAGUAUUGCCCAUGGGACUAGUGCGCUGUACAAGGCGGAGGGGGUGAAAGGGUUUUAUCGAGGAUUGGUGCCCAGCUUGUUUGGGGUGAGUCAUGGCGCGAUACAGUUCAUGGCGUAUGAGCAGUUGAAGAACCAUUGGGCGUUGAGCAGGAAGGGUGGAAAAGAAGGAUUGACAAACUUGGAUUAUUUGAGCCUGAGUGCGGCGAGCAAGAUGUUUGCGGGCAGUAUUACCUAUCCCUACCAGGUGGUGAGGUCGAGGUUGCAGACGUAUGACGCGGCGAAGAAGUAUAAUGGUGUGAGGGAUGUGGUGGUGCAGAUCUAUCGGAAGGAGGGGAUGAGAGGGUUUUACAAGGGACUGGCGCCGAAUUUGAUCAGGGUGCUGCCGUCGACUUGCGUCACGUUUUUGGUGUAUGAGAACAUGAAGUUCUAUCUGCCGAGGAUGUGGAACAAGGAAGGUCAGGUUGAGCCUUGA